CUUGGCGUGAGACCCGGGCUUGGCGGCUGGAGGUUAAAAGCAAAGAAAGCUGAACCACAAACGAGGGGACUACCCUACCCCUAAGAAAAAAUAAUCAUUACGAAUUUGUCCAAGAGCCAAAGGAUUAUAAGAGGACAUGCAUGUUGGGGACGAAGAUACUGACCUUGAGUAAUUGCUGCCACCCCAGCCCAACCACAAGAUGUCUAAACUCAGUUGUUUUUGAGUUUUCCUUCUUUAACACUAUUGCCUCUGCUGCUAAUGUCUUGGGACAUCGCUUCUCUUGGCACAUGAACUAUACUUUGAUGCUACUGGGACCUUUGUCACAACUAUCCCAAAAGGCAGCAUCUCCUGGGAUGAAUACUGCUGCUUAAUUUUCAAAAAUUUUCUGAGGAUCUGCAGAAUAUCUCUGUGCCCCCCCUGGAGACAAAGGAGUAUUGGGAGGCUUUCUCUUCUCUGCCUAAAAACACCACGCAGGCGUUCCUGAUCGCUGCAGCUGCUCAUGUUGGUGCUGGGUCCUCUGUAAGAUCACUCCCCUCAUCUGUAUAAGCUUCAGGCCUUGCAAAAGCGGGUUCCUUCCUGUCAGCUGUCAAUAAGAAAGCUGUUAACAGGAAAUUCCAGGUAGCACUUUGGGCCUGCCAGUAACACCUGGAGACCAGCACUCCGCCUGGUGUUGUCACUACUUGGAUUCAGUUGAAAGCCACAACCCAGCCAUGCCUGCUGACUCAUGCAGGUAGGAAGUCAGCUUCCAGAGCUUGGACCACUUAUACAAGAAUUUAAGAAUGAGAUCCAAGAAAUCCUGAAUCUUUUAUGCAUAUCCUUAGAGUCUGGUAAGAGAGCAGAUCCUUUGCAAGAGAGAAAUGAGCAGGUUUCCUACAUGAUGGUGAGAGGUGAGGUCCUGGGAGCAGCUGAACAGAUAAAAGCCCUUCAGUCACCACUAUUCUGGCUUUUUCCCUGAAGGGAAAUACUCAGGAUUACAAAGAAAGUGCCUUACAGGGAAGUGGUGUCCUGUGUCCUCACUUGUAACUAAUUUUCAGCCCAGUGCUAAAUUUUGAGAAAACUUGGAAGCCCCCUCAAUCUCAGGAUACGGUGUGCAGGGAGGUAUUCCACGGCAGAAAGUUCACCUAGGGACACCUGCCAGGAUGUCCAGGAGGCUCAGCUCCCAGUUACAGCAAAAAUUCCCGGAAGAUGUCUACUGUGAGAAACACCUGGAACUAGUGCAGUUGUUCUGUGUUGAUGACCAAAUCCUGCUGUGUGGCCAGUGCUUCCACUCUCAGGAGCACGAGAAUCACUUGGUGUGUGGAGUACAAGAGGCUGCUGGCGUUUAUAGGAAGUUAUUCCAGGAGAUAUUGAACACAUUGAAGGAGAAACUUGAAGUAGCUAAAAGCAUAUUGGCUGAUGAGCAAGAAAGAAUGGUGAUGAUUCAGGGAGAAGAGCAGGAUUUUAAAGAGAUGAUUGAGUCUGAAUAUAGAAUAAGGUUCCGGUUGAUGGUUGAAGAGAUGAACUUCCGGAGCCUACAAGACUGCGUAUUCAACCCAAAGUUGAGGGAAGACCAUCUGAAUCAAGUGCUGGCGUUUGCCACAGAGCUGAAGGGGCAGUCCCAGGAAACGCUACAGAGACUGAACGAUUUGGGGAAAGAGAACAUGAAUAAACUGAAGGAGAGUGAAGGCCGGCUUUCAGGACACAUCUGCAGCCUCCAAAAGAUGACUGUAGAGCUGGAGAAGAAGUGUGGGAAAUACACCCUAAUGGUGCUCCAGAAUGCAGGAUCUUCUUUGAAAAGGAGUGAGUCACUACUGCUUCAGUGUCUAGAGCAAGCCCAAAUCACGGACCUGAGUUUAUGCCAAGUAACAGGAAUGAGCAGAAUGCUCAAAGUUCUGCAAAGAGCUGUCACUUUGGAUCCUAAAACAGCUAAUCCCUGUUUGGUCUUAUCUGAGGAUCUGAGAAGCAUGCAUCUCAGAAAUGUCCAGCAGGACUUGCCUCACAGCCCAGGAAGAUUUGUCUUCAGUGCCACCGUGUUGGGUGUGGAAAGCUUCACCUCAGGGAGGCACUACUGGGAGGUGGAUGUGGAGAAGGCCACCAAGUGGCAGUUGGGGGUAUCUGAAGAUUCUGCCAGCAGACAUGGUGAUCUACCCACCACUUCGGGAAAUAAAGUCUUGCUCAUGGGUUCUUUGAUGGGAACCAAUUAUACCUUCUGGGCCUUUCCCCCUCUGAAGAGGGUCUCCUUGAGAGGAGAGCAGAUGCACAAAGUUGGAGUCUUCCUGGACUGUGAGUCUGGGCAGAUAUCCUUCUAUGAUGUGGCAAACAGAUCCCUCAUUUAUAAUUUCUCUUCCCUCACCUUCCAAGGAGCUCUCAGGCCCAUAUUUUCUCUUUGUAUCCCAAGUGGAGUCACAAAUUCAGACUCACUUAGCAUUUGUCUUCCUCCCGUUUCUUCUUGUGAUGUUACUGUUAGCCCACAGUCUUCCUUGGCAUGAAAUCUAAGAGGGGGCAGAAGUAAAGAGUUUGACUUUGUAAAAGAAUCUACAUAAAGU